UGGCUAUAAAAAGCACUAAGCAAAAAACACCCAAUACUUGCUUACAUAAUAGAUUGUGUUAAGCUAUGGAGAUCACUCGCCAUUGUUUAUGUUUAUCCAUCUUCUUCUUGCACUAUCUAAUGGUUUGCUUAACCAUUAAUGCCCAUACCAACAUUACCACUGAUAAACAUGCCCUUCUUUCUCUAAAAUCACAAAUUUCUUUUGAUCCUCAUAGAAUAUUAGCUAACAAUUGGUCCGUUCACAGUAUGACUCCUUGUAACUGGAUUGGAGUCACAUGCAACUCUCGUCACAAUAGAGUGAUUGCUUUGGAUCUUUACAACAUGGGUCUUGUUGGAGAAUUAACUCCAGAUUUGGGAAACCUCUCUUUCCUUGUUUCACUUAACUUGAGCCAAAACAAUUUUCAUAAUUCUUUCCCUCGAGAACUUUCUCAAUUGCAACGCCUCAAAGUUCUUCAGUGUAGCAUCAAUAACUUUAGUGGGAAUAUACCAUCUUGGUUUGGUCUCUUAUCAAACCUUAAAUUUUUGUAUUUGGGGAAUAAUAGUGUUAGUGGUUUCCUUCCCACGUCCCUUUUUAAUCUUUCAAAACUUGAGGUCUUACAUUUAGGAGUUAAUUCUCUUGAAGGGAGUGUUCCAAGAGAAAUAGGCAAUCUUCCCCAACUAAAGUGGUUAAAUUUGAGCCAUAAUCAUCUUAGUGGAUCUUUUCCUUUGGGCAUCUUAAAUUUGUCUAAGUUAGAAACUCUAUCUCUUUCAUAUAAUAGCCUAUUUGGUGAACUUCCCCUUGAUCUUGGGAAUCAUCUUCCUAAACUCCAAAUAUUUAAUAUGCCUGGGAACAAAUUUUGUGGUGAAAUCCCAUUAAGUUUAUCUAAAUGUUCAUUGCUUCAAACUAUUUCUUUAUCAUACAAUAAUUUGAGUGGGCAUGUGCCACAAGAAUUUGGAAACUUAACAAAGCUUGAGAAGUUGUAUCUUGGUAGCAAUCAGUUAACAGGUGCUUUUCCAAGAGAGAUAGGGGCUUUGUCAUCCUUGAGCGAACUAGAUUUAUCUAACAGCAGACUUUGUGGACGUAUGCCAAAGGAACUUGGGAAUUUAACCAUGCUUCAACUCCUAUAUAUGGGAUAUAACAACUUUGAAGGUGUUAUUCCAAAGGAGAUAUACGCUUUGCGUUCCUUACGUUCUCUUAAUUUACCGUUCAACCGUCUCUCUGGACAUAUGCCAAAGGAACUUGGGAAUUUAACCAUGCUUCAAUUCCUAGACAUUGGAUCUAACACUUUGAAGGUGUUAUUCCAAAGGAGAUAUACGCUUUGCGUUCCUUACGUUCUCUUAAUUUACAGUCCAACCGUCUCUCUGGUUCGUACAUAUAACAAUUUUGGAGGUGUAAUUCCAAAAGAGUUGGGAAAAUUUCAUAUGUUGGAGGAAGUAUAUUUUUACUUUGCUAACUUAAGUGGGUCUAUACCCAAGGAAGUUUUCAACAUUUCUUCUUUAAAAAGAAUUUCUUUUGCAUUCAAUUAUAACCUUGUGGGCACCCUUCCUUCAAGCAUUGGGCAUGCUUUGUUGAACCUAGAGGGGCUCUAUCUUGGUGCUAAUAAGCUCUCUGGAGUGAUACCAGACUCUCUCUCAAAUUGUUCAAAACUUACGAUUUUAAGUCUUACCACAAACCAUUUCACUGGCACAUUACCUACAUCUCUUGGUAAUUUAAGGCUCCUAAAACAACUAUAUAUAAGUCAAAACAUGCUCACAAAUGAUGCUUCAUCUCUAGAGUUAAGUAUAAUCAACUCUUUGGUAAAUUGUAAGUACUUGGAGAAGGUAUACUUAGAUUAUAACCCUCUAGAUGCUAUCCUCCCGUCAUCAAUUGGGAAUCUUUCUUCAUCCCUUCAAGUUCUAUCGGUGUCGAGUUGUGGGUUAAAGGGAAUCAUACCAAACCAUCUAGGAAACUUAAGCAGCUUGAUUACCUUGAAUCUGGAUAGGAAUAACUUGGUCGGCUUUAUUCCACCAAUACUAGGUAGGGUUAGUAAGCUCCAAGGAUUGUAUCUCAGUAAUAACAAAUUGAGUGAUUCCAUUCCUGAUAGCCUUUGUGAUCUUCACAAUCUAUAUGAACUAUUUUUGAGAAACAAUAAUCAGUUGUCUGGCAGAUUGCUACAAUGCUUCGGUAACAUCACUUCCCUCGGAAGAAUAUAUCUAGAUUCAAACCGUUUGACUUCUAGAAUACCUUCAAGUUUGUGCUACCUCAAAGACCUGUUAGAGCUUAAUUUGAGUUCAAACUUCUUAGAUGGAUGUAUACCCAACGAUGUUGAAGGUUUGAAGGAACUUUCAUUUCUAGAUAUAUCCCACAAUCAAAUCUCAGGAAAUAUCCCUGUCACUAUUGGACAAUUGCAAAAUUUGAUUUCUCUUUCCCUAGAAAUGAAUAAACUAGAUGGAUCUAUUCCAGAGCAAAUAAGUCAAAUGUUUUCUUUGGAAUUCUUAGAUUUAUCUCUAAACAAAUUCUCUGGUUCAAUUCCGGUAUCUAUGGAAAGACUUGAAUACCUCAAAUACUUCAAUGUUUCAUUCAAUGAAUUGAGUGGUGAAAUUCCAUCAGCUGGUUGUUUCAAGAACUUCUCAAGUGCAUCAUUCAUGUUCAACAAGGAGUUAUGUGGAAAUCCUAGGUUUCACGUACCACCGUGCCAUUCUACUCACCAUUCGAGGAUUAAAAUAAGAUUUCUUAUUGCUCUUGCAUCUCUUGGGGCUUCAUUGAUAAUUACUUUUGUAAUUAUUUCAUUUGUCCUUUCAAAGCGACAAAGGAAACUUAGAGUCCCAAGUAUGAUAGAUCUUGGCUUUCUAUGGGAUAACUUAAGGAUUUCUUAUAAUGAGCUUUUAAGGGCUACUUCUUGCUUUAGUGAAAUCAAUCUCAUUGGUUCAGGGAGUUUCAGCUCUGUGUAUAAAGGGACUUUGGAUGACGGGAUGUUUAUAGCAGUGAAGGUAUUUAAUCAAUCAGAAGAUGCACUUGAGAGUUUUAAUGUUGAGAUUGAAGUGCUAAAGAAUUUACGCCAUCGAAAUCUCACUAAGGUGAUUACUGGAUGCUUUGUCGGUGACUUUAAGGCCUUGGUCCUUGAGUACAUGCCAAAUGGAAGCCUUGACCAGUGGCUACAUUCACAAAGAAACUUCUUGGAUAUGACUCAAAGGUUGAAUAUAAUGAUUGAUGUUGCAUGUGGUUUGGACUAUCUUCAUAAUGGUUACACAAUGCCGGUGGUUCAUUGUGAUUUAAAGCCUGCAAAUGUGCUAUUAGAUGAAGAAAUGGUAGCCCAUGUAUGUGAUUUUAGUGUGACAAAGUUGUUAACUAAGGAAGAGAGCUUCAAGCAUACCGAAACUCUAGCAACACUAGGCUUUAUGGCACCAGAGUAUGGAUCCACAGGAAUGAUAUCAACACAAUGUGACAUUUAUAGUUUUGAAAUUGUGCUAAUGGAAACAUUUUCAGCAAGAAGACCCACAGAUGAAACAUUUGGUGAAGAUAUGAGCUUGAAAAGUUGGAUAAGUGAUUCUUUACCUCAUCAUGUACUUCAAGUUGUAGAUCCCAACUUACUAAGGGCAGAUGAUGAAGACUUGAAUGUGAAAUUGCAGUGUAUAUCGUCCAUAUUAGAAUUGGCAUUGCAUUGUGCAGAUGAAUCCCCUCGAAAGCGAUUAAAUGCGAAAGAUGUUGUAGCAAGACUGAAUAAAAUCAAACUUCAAUUUGUAAGAAGUGUUGGGACCUGAUAAAAUUGGAAGAGCUUACCUUGGAAUUAAAGACAAUCAAGGAUGCAGUUGUACUGUCACCGUUCCAGAGAAGCACUUGAUCCAACAUGAAGGUGAAAGCUAAGGAGUCUCACAAAGGACAACAGGUUGCUUGGGAAAUUUGAUCUAACUGGAAUAUAUAGCUACAGCUCCUAGCUAGUGGUCUGGUGAUACAAAUAGCAUCCUUGAGAAUUGUUUGAGUGGCAAGGAGAAGAUAAUAUCUGAAUAGAAUAUGGAACUUCAUAAUCUGGGGAGCACCUUAUCUAAUGAGUGAGAAGAGCGCGCACAUUAAAGAAGUGAAGAAGCUGAAUGUUCUGCCAAUGAGCAAGCCAAGAAUCAACCCUGAGAUCAGAGGACCAUUUUUUAUGUAAAGAGGCUAGCUUAUUGGAAGAAACAGGUUUGAAGACAAAGACGUGCAAAUAAAGGGACAUGAAAGUAACUUAGCUUGUUCCUUACAAAAUUAUCUUGUUAAGAAGCUAAGGAUGGAAAAGCAUGCAUGCAUAUAUACAAGUGAAGAUGAAAUUAAAGAUGGUGAAACCAAUAAAGGUUUUCAGCCCUAAGGAGAUUAGUGCCAUAUAUGAUUCUUAUUAAGAUGAAGGAAAGACAAUCAAGGUAAAAUUGAGUAAUUGGUCUUACUGAGAUUGCAACGCUCCCUCUCCUUUGAAUUUGGGUGCAGCAUACUUCAUUGAUGCUCAGAGGCAAGCUACUAAGGAUGCAGGCAUCAUUGCUACCAAUGUAGAUACUUAGCUUGGAGGUGAUGAGCGAAUCUGAGAAGCCGAAGACAAGGCCUCUGGGCAAUCUGAGAAGAUUACCAUCACUAACGAUAAAGGUCGGUUGAGGUAAGAAGAAAUUGAGCGGAUGUGUUCAACCCAAUUAUCAUGAUGAUAAGGGUCAAUUUGUGGAAGCAGAAGCACUAGCCAUCUGGGUGGUUCUUAGUUGGGUUAAAGGCUUUACAGCUAAUAACUCCCAAGUCUCCCCCUUUAAUUUGCACUUUCUUUCAGAAAUUAACGAAAUGUUAGAUUGUUUUUUCAAUGCAGUCAUUUCUUUUCA